UACUUCCAGCACUAUGCCACCCAAAGCUAGCGGUAAAGCCAUGAAGAAGGCUGGAAAGGCCCAGAAGAACAUAACGAAGACCGAUAAGAAGAAGAGGCGUAAGAGGAAGGAGAGUUACGCAAUCUACAUUUACAAAGUUCUGAAACAAGUUCAUCCCGACACUGGGGUCUCCAGCAAGGCCAUGAGCAUUAUGAACUCAUUUGUUAAUGACAUCUUCGAACGGAUUGCCGCUGAAGCCUCACGAUUGGCCCACUACAACAAACGUUCAACCAUCACCUCUCGGGAAAUUCAGACUGCUGUUCGUCUUCUUCUCCCAGGAGAGUUGGCUAAGCACGCUGUUUCUGAAGGCACUAAAGCUGUCACCAAGUACACCAGUUCCAAGUAAUCUGGUUACAUUCAACAAUACAAUCGGCCCUUUUCA